CUGGUGCUGGUUUCACUUUGCUUUGUUGACAUGGCCGCUUCUUCUCCCAGCCUCGUCAUCAGCUGAGCAGAAAAUAUGGUUGCGUGAUGUUACUGGGCUUUAGAGGGAUUUAGUUCCUUUGGGUUGUGCUGUUUAAACUCAGAUGCCAGCGAAGGUGCAGAGCCUGGUUGGGGUGACAGAGUGAACAUCUCGGCCUCUCAUGGUCUUUUCUUGAGUUGAUUGAGGCCCUGGCUUGAAGAUGGCCAGUCAGUUCCGCAGCUACAUUUGGGAUCCAGUGCUUAUCAUCUCCCAGAUCAUCCUGAUGCAAUGUAUCUACUACAGCUUCCUAGGCCUGUGGUUAGCCGGCGUGGACGGUCUUGUGCACACCAACAGAUCUCUCGAUCAGAUAUUCAGUUAUGAAGUUCUCGGUUUUUCAACGACACAAGGGCGACUCUCGAUGAUGGCAUUCAUUCUGAACUCUCUCACAUGUGCUCUGGGCUUGUGGUUAUUCAUCCGCCGGGGGAAGCAGUGUUUGGACUUCACAAUCACGGUGCAUUUUUUCCACAUGAUCGGCUGCUGGAUCUAUAACUCCCACCUGCCAGCUGCUCUGUCAUGGUGGCUGGUUAAUGUGGCCUGCAUUGCCCUAAUGGCCGUCAUCGGCGAGUACCUGUGCAUGCGGACAGAGCUCAGGGCCAUUCCUGUGAAUAGUGGCCCCAAAUCCAACCUAUGAGAAUCUUUCUUAUGGACACACAAUGCAUUCAGAGCAGCCUUGAGCUGUGAAUAAGUUGGCAGACGUGAUUUAAUCACUUGGCAUUUUGAGCUGUGUUGCAGUGUUAACUUUUGCUACCACUGGCGAAGUGGGAUGCAAAUAGGAUCCAAGUAUUACCUGAAAAUGGACACUUCCUCUAAUUCUGUCACUUAAUUUUUUUCAUAAUCAUAUAAAGAUUAAUUUUGGCUAAGUGGAUGUUUCUCAUGCUUCUGAAACGGAGGCUUGAAGCCCCAGAAUCAGAAUAAUGCAUAACUGAUUCCUGAGAUAAACUGUUUUCCUGGCACUUUUUUAAUUUUAGUUUUCAAAAGACUGUUUGAAGCAUUUGGGGUUGUUGUAUGCAAAUAGACACUGAAGAAUAGAACUGAUUCUUUAAUGUUAAUAAAUAAAUGUUCUGCAUUUGUUCUUUAAUGAAAAAUCUUCCUUUAACAUACUCAUCUAGCAGUUAUAUCACAUAACUGAAUGAUGGGAUAUUCUGGGUUACAUGUGUACUUAAUUUUGUAUAUGUGUCUUGUAUAUAAGUGCAAAUAAAUUUUGUUGUUAUUGUAA